AUGUUUGCUCCAACGUUCAUCGUCGCAGCUUUUGCCUCGUAUACGAUGUAUGUGAUGAUGAUUCGCCACAAAUUACCAUUCCGCGAUCUGUUAAAACCAACCAGUGACUGGAUGGUCCACACAGCAGUGAAUACGACUCGACCACGACCUCACUCUCUAGCCUAUGGGCUCUACAACAGCCUCUUCCAAAUGAGCUAUGAAAAUGCCUUCUUUGGUCUAUUCGUCGUUGAAAUCUUCUUCGGGAUCGCGAUAUUCUGCGUGUUCGCCUUGAAUUCACUUUCAAUCAUCGGCUUUUCGGCAUCUCACACAGCCAACGACUACCGUGCUUUGAUGCUGUUCACCUUCGUGCUGCUUCAUGGGUAUGCACUAAUCGAAAUGCGAAAGUGUCAAAUGAAGGAGCAACAACCGAAUCGGUUAAUGUUGUACAUCGGUGUCGCCACUAUGGAGACGGCAAUGCUCAACGGCUACAUGUGGAUGUACGCCUCUGACCAUUCGUGGGGAAUCGACUUUGCUCCGCUGGUCAUUAUCAUCUGUACCACAUGUUCGUCUGUUUUUACACUAGUAUAUACUUUAUAG